AUGAUUGUACCAAAGCUAAUAACUAAUGAAGAGCUUAAUGGAAGUUUUAGAUAUCAACAACUUAGUUUUCAUAGUUCGUAUCUAGAAUUAGUGCAGAAUAUUGGGAUAGACAUGAGGGAUAUGAAAUGGUCAUUAUCCAGCUUGGACCCUGUUAUCGCGUCUCUGCUUUGUGAUCCAAACCCGAACUCCCCAGCGAAUUCUGAAGCAGCUCGCAUGUUCAGUGAGAAUAAGCGGGAGUACAACAGAAGAGUGCAUGAAAUAGUGGAGCAGAGUUGGACUGCCGACUGAAAUCUCAACUGAAGCACAACCCUAUGGGGAAGGAAAAAAACAAUAUUCUGAAGUGUUGUUUGUGAUGGAGUUGGUAGUUCUAUUGUGUACUCUUCCCCUUCAUGUACUCUAUAUGAUAGGCUUUCAUGUGCAUUGAGCUCAGAAAAUUGCUUUGAAUAGCUUGAUUACUGCCUUUAGACAGCUUUUCUAAAGCUCUUGAUUUUUCAGUGGACUUUCCUGAUUGUUCAGUGCAUGGUAUUUCAUGUAUCUACUGUCAGGAGUGUUGUUGUAGCCUGUGCAUAGGAAGUAUUGUUGUAGUUGUAAUGUUUUAAAUGUAUAACAUGGUCUUAAUGUGUUGCUUCGAUCAGAACUUCUCCCCCCAAAUACGUGAACUUCGUGUACUGCUUAGAAAUUCUUUAUUUGUCU